CUCAUCAUCUCAAUCUCAAACAACAAAACAACACACACCAAAGCAAAGAACAGAGCUUCUCAAAUCUUCAAAGAAAAUGGAUUUCAGGCUAAUGGGAUUGGACGCUCCCCUCCUCCACACCCUCCACCACAUGCUCAGCGAAGAGGACGGCGCCGACGCUGCCAAGUCAGCCGGGGGGCCCACCAGGACCUACGUCCGCGACGCCAAGGCCAUGGCGGCGACGCCGGCGGACGUGAAGGAGUACCCGGGCUCGUACGUGUUCGUGAUCGACAUGCCGGGGCUCAAGUCGGGCGACAUCAAGGUGCAGGUGGAGGAGGACAAUGUGCUCAACAUCAGCGGCGAGAGGAAGCGAGAGGAGGAGGAAGGGGCUAAGUAUGUCAGGAUGGAGCGCCGGAUCGGCAAGUUUAUGAGGAAGUUUGUGCUGCCGGAGAAUGCUGACACGGAUAAGAUCUCCGCGGUUUGCCAGGAUGGGGUGCUCACUGUUACGGUGGCGAAGCUGCCGCCGCCCGAGCCCAAGAAGCCCAAGACUAUCGAGGUUAAGAUUGCUUGAUAGGAUAUGAAUGGGAGUGAUAAAUAAUGAUGUUUUAUGUGUUUUUGGAUCAAUCCAUCAUAUUGAUGUUGAGUUUGAUCAGUUUGAAAUUUUAGUGUUUUUCUUUUUGUUUUUGUGUUUUUUUUUCUUUUUGGCUAAUCUAUGUACUGGGCACCUCCUAAAUAUCCUGAACAUGAGUUUGGUUUCUAGUGA